AUGGGAGACUUUGAAACAGGCAAGAAGAUCUUUAUUCAGAAGUGUGCUCAGUGCCACACUGUGGAAAAAGGUGGAAAGCACAAGACGGGUCCAAAUCUCUGGGGCCUCUUUGGCCGCAAAACAGGACAAGCACCAGGAUUUUCUUACACUGAUGCAAACAAAAACAAAGGUGUUAUUUGGGGAGAAGAAACUUUAAUGGAAUAUUUGGAGAACCCAAAGAAAUUCAUCCCUGGAACUAAAAUGAUCUUUGCUGGUAUUAAAAAGAAGAGUGAAAGAGAAGAUCUUAUUCAGUACUUGAAAGAGUCAACAUCAUGA